CAAUCAUGUCCCAGGUGAGGCAAGUGGGAUUGCUAGCUGCCGGAUGUCAGCCUUGGAACAAAGAUGUUUGUGCUGCCAAUGGAGACAGGUUUGCAUAUUGUGCAACCUUGGCUAUCUAUGUUUAUCAGUUGGAUCACCAUUAUAAUGAAUUCAAACUUCACUCAAUUAUGUCUGAACAUAAAGAGAAAAUCACAGCAAUCUCUUGGUGUCCACAUAACCCUGAUCUCUUUGCAAGUGGCGGUACUGAUAACUUAGUGAUCAUUUGGAAUGUUGCAGAACAAAAAGCCAUUGCUAAGCUCAACAGUACAAAAGGGACCCCUGCCUCUCUGAGCUGGUGCUGGAAUGCAGAUAAUGCAGUGGCCUUUGUCUCCCACCGAGGUCCUUUGUUCAUUUGGACCCUCUCAGGACCAGACAGUGGAGUGACUGUACACAGGGAUGCUCAGGGCUUCUUGUCCGAUGUCUGUGUGUUCAGAUGGCAUCCCCAGAAAAAGGGAAAAGUUGUUUUUGGUCAUGUUGAUGGAAGUCUGUCAAUUUUUCAGCCAGGUAAUAAAAAUCAGAAACAUGUUUUGAGACCUGAAUCUCUUGAAAGGACAGAUGAAGAAGAUCAAGUUACAGCCUUGGAAUGGGACUCAUUAUCUACUGAUUAUCUUCUCGUGGCUAAUUUGCAUUAUGGAAUUCGCCUAGUAGAUUCUGAAUCACUUUAUUGCAUAACAACAUUUAAUCUUCCCAGUGUAGCGGCUUCUGUACAAUGCUUGGCCUGGGUUCCCAGUGCUCCUGGGAUGUUUAUAACUGGAGAUUCUCAGGUGGGCGUUUUGCGCAUUUGGAAUGUUUCAAGAACAACACCUAUUGAUAAUCUUAAAUUAAAGAAAACAGGAUUUCACAGCUUACAUGUACUUAAUUCUCCUCCAAGGAAAAAAUUUUUAAUCCAAUCUCCAACCAAAAAUCAUUACACAUCUUCAGCGAGUGAAGCAGCUAUACCUCCAGCUUUGACACAGAAUCAAGCUUUCUUUCGUCCUCCUGGUCAUGCACUGUGUUGUUUCUUGGAUGGUGGAGUUGGACUUUAUGAUAUGGGAGCUAAGAAGUGGGAUUUUCUUAGGGAUUUGGGACAUGUGGAAACUAUCUUUGAUUGCAAAUUCAAACCUGAUGAUCCUGAUCUUUUAGCAACAGCUUCAUUUGAUGGCACUAUAAAAAUCUGGGAUAUAAACACAUUAACAGCAGUGUACAGUUCCCCAGGUGAUGAAGGGGUUAUUUAUUCCCUUUCAUGGGCUCCAGGUGAUUUAAAUUGUAUUGCUGGGGCAACUUCUCGAAAUGGUGCUUUUAUUUGGGAUGUUCAAAAGAGCAAAAUUGUACAACGAUUUAAUGAGCACGGAAAAAAUGCAAUAUUCUGCAUUGCCUGGAGUCAUAAAGAUUCCAAAAGAAUAGCAACCUGCAGUGGUGAUGGUUUCUGUAUUAUUCGAACAAUUGAUGGUAAAAUACUACACAAAUACAAACAUCCAGCUGCCGUGUUUGGUUGUGAUUGGAGCCAAAACAACAAAGACAUGAUAGCCACUGGCUGUGAAGACAAAAACGUCCGUGUCUAUUAUGUUGCCACCAGCUCUGAUCAGCCGUUGAAAGUGUUUAGUGGGCAUACAGCAAAAGUAUUUCAUGUUAAAUGGUCUCCUCUGAGGGAGGGGAUUCUCUGUAGUGGUUCUGAUGAUGGUUCUGUUCGAAUCUGGGAUUAUACUCAAGAUGCUUGCAUAAAUAUUCUUAGUGGACAUACUUCACCUGUGAGGGGGUUAACGUGGAAUACUGAGAUUCCAUAUCUACUGAUUUCUGGCAGCUGGGACUAUACAAUAAAAGUGUGGGACACUCGAGAAGGCAUUUGUUUGGAUACUGUGUAUGAUCAUGGUGCAGAUGUAUACGGUUUAACAUCCCAUCCGACUCGCCCUUUCACUAUGGCUUCUUGCUCCCGUGAUUCUACAGUGAGACUCUGGUCAUUAACACCUUUAAUUACUCCUCUACAAAUAAAUAUUCUGGCAGACAGAUCUUGGGAAGAAAUUAUCGGGAAUACCGAUUAUGCUGUAGAGCAAGGUACCCCUCCUCUGCUGUGUGGUAAAGUGUCAAGAUAUAUUAGACAAGAAAUAGAAAAGCUAACUGGUAAUCCUCGAGCAAAAAAACUAAGAUGGUUUUCAGAGUGUUUAUCACCUCCAGGUGGCGUUAACAAUUUAUGGACCUUGGUUGCUGUGAUAAAAGGACAAGACGAUAGCUUACUCCCUCAAAACUACUGCAAGGGAAUAAUGCAUUUGAAACAUCUGAUUAAAUUUAGAACAUCUGAAGCCCAAGAACUGACGACAGUCAAGAUGUCUAAAUUCAGUGGUGGUAUUGGUGUACCCACUAAAGAGGAAAGACUGAAGGAAGCUGCUGAGAUACACUUGAGAUUAGGACAGAUUCAGAAAUACUGUGAACUUAUGGUUGAACUUGGAGAGUGGGACAAAGCCCUGUCAAUUGCACCAGGUGUCUCUGUGAAAUAUUGGAAAACGUUAAUGCAGAGGAGAGCUGACCAAUUAAUCCAGGAAGAUAAGGAUGAUGUCAUUCCAUACUGCAUAGCCAUCGGCGAUGUGACGAAACUAGUCAAUUUUUUUACGUCAAGAGGUCAGCUUAAAGAAGCUCUGCUAGUGGCGCAGGCUGCAUGUGAGGGAAAUAUGCAAACCUUACACGUCUCUACGCCUAAGGGAGCUUCAAGUUCGGAUGAGCUCUACAAGGGGGACUUCAUUGAACUCCUGCACAAAGUCAGUCAAGAACUGGCAGAAUGGUAUUUUCAGGAUGGUCGAGCAGUACUGGCCGCAUGUUGCCAUCUAGCUGUAGAUAACAUUGAGCUUGCCAUGGCAUGCCUGAUUCGUGGAAACGAACUGGAGUUGGCAGUCAGUGUGGGCACAGUACUGGGCGAGUCCGCAGCGCCAGCAACCCACUAUGCCCUGGAAUUAUUGGCGAGAAAAUGCAUGAUGAUUCCAACAUGCUUUCCAUCUGUUGGAUACAGUGAAGUUUUUUUCUUCUGUGAUAUAAACAGGGAUUUGGCAGCCGAUCUUCUCCUGAUGAUUCCUGAUAAUGAGCUGCAUUUAGUGAAACUCUGUGCUUUCUACCCAGGGUGUACUGAGGAGAUAAAUGAUCUUCAUGAGAAGUGCAGGCUACCCACGGUAGAAGAAUGCAUGCAGUUGGCUGAGACAGCCCAUGCAGAUGGCAAUAUAUUUGAAACUGUAAAGUAUUAUUUGCUAAGUCAAGAACCUGAAAAAGCCCUUCCCAUUGGCAUUAGCUUCGUCAAAGAAUACAUCAGUAGUUCGAACUGGACUUUGGAUACCGUUUACCCUGUUCUUGACCUAUUGAGUUAUAUUCGUACUGAAAAAUUAGUCUUGCAUACAUGUGCUGAAGCUCGAAAUGAGUUGCUCAUAUUAUGUGGUUACAUCGGUGCAUUACUGGCUAUCACAAAACAGUACCAAAGCAUUGUUCCAGCACUUUAUGAGUAUACAAGUCAGCUAUUAAAACGUCGAGAGGUAUCAGUACCUUUAAAAAUUGAGCAUCUUUCUGAGGAACUGGAUGCAUGGAGAGCUUGUACACAGUCUACCAACAGAUCUUUAGAAGAUUCUCCAUAUACUCCGCCUUCUGAUUCACAAAGACUGGCUUAUGCAGCUUUAUUAAAGAGGGUAAAAGAAGAGUCAUUGAAAGGAAUUAUCGGACCAGAUUAUGUGACUGGAUCAAAUCUUCCAAGUCAUUCUGAUAUUCACAUUUCUUGUCUUACGGGAUUAAAAAUCCAGGGCCCUGUAUUUUUCCUUGAAGAUGGGAAAUCUGCUAUCUCAUUGAAUGAUGCUUUGAUGUGGGCAAAAGUGAAUCCAUUCUCACCUUUAGGGACUGGAAUACGACUCAAUCCAUUUUGAGAGAAGAUUUUUCUCCACACUUAAUUCUUUUUCUAAGGAAGGACUUUUGUGGGUUAGUAUUUCCUUAAUCUUGGUUGUUCAAGAGCCAAGGGUUGAGAGAAGGAUUGCAGGUUGAGAGAGGUGGGGAAUAACAGCUUAUUCAUUAAUCUCAAAUAAUAAAAUAUUUACAUAAUUUAAAGGAAAAAUAGGUUUCUCCUUUGUAAAACUUAAUAGCUGCAUUUGGGAGAAAGGAAAUAUUUCAAUGAUAACAGACUAAAUCAUCUAAAAAGUUUCACAAAGGAUAAAUGGUACCAAAA